AUGGGAAAGUUGAGAUGGCAGAAACCCCAGCCCCCAAUCGCCUGGACGACACCGUUGAACGCGACCGCCUACAAGUCUGGCUGCGUACCGUGCAUGAAAGGCCAAAUCGAGGCCGGCGGAGCUUCAGAAGAUUGUCUUUAUCUCAAUGUUUGGUCUCAGGACCUAAAGGGAAGUCUCCCAGUGCUCUUCUUCAUCCACGGCGGCGCCUAUGUGGGAGGAGAAGCUUCUGACUUUUCGCCGAAAGCCUGGAGUGAGAAUAUGGCGCUGAAAUGGGUGCAGGACAAUAUUGGGCGAUUUGGAGGAAAUUCCAAGAGGGUCACGAUUUUCGGGGGCUCCGCCGGCUCCUCGUCGGUUAGCCAGCACACGAUAUCACCUUACUCAAAAGGUCUUUUCUCGCAGUCAUUCUCGAUGAGCGGCUCAGCCAUCGCGGAAUUUGCUCGUGGCACGAAUACCAUCGACUUUUCGCACGACUACGUGAAGCUCCUAAAAUGCGAUACUGGGGAUUUAUUAACUUGUAUGCAGAGCAAAACGUUGGAUCAGCUCUACGCUGUCAAUGCUGGGUAUGAAGGGGGCUGCGGACCUGCCAGCCUGGAUUGGCUCGGAUUUGCGCCGAUUAUUGAUGGAGAUUUCUUGCCCUUGCAGCCCGAAAUUGCGAUGGCCAAAGCAGAACCGAUUCCAACUCUGAUCGGCCUGAACCAGAAAGAAGGAAGAGCUUUUGCUCUCCAAGGCACUUUUCCAUUCUCGGUACUACCACCAGAGUACGUUUUUUACACCUCGACGAGUUUCGCGAAUUACGUGGCAAAGUGGAUUACUAGCAAGGGAUAUACCAAGUCGGAAAAUGCGACAGCGCACAACGAUAUAUUUGCGUUUUACUCCCAAAAUACUACCGGCCCCUACGAUCACUACUGGUGGAUCGAACAGUAUGUUCGGUCGUAUUCCGACUACAUCAUGAAUGUCCCAGCGGUCCGUGAAGCCAUCAUCAAAUCCAAAGCCGGGGCUCCGGUUUUCACCUUCACUUUGGAUCAUUAUAACCAAGAAACCUGGCCCGUUACCUUUCCUUGUCAAGGCUCUACGCACAGUGGUGAGGUGCCUUACCUGAUGGAGAUGGGCAUCAACUUCAACGUGACGCAAGCGGACGUCUCGACGGCGAUCAAUAUUCAAGAGAUGUUCUUGCAAUUUUUGAGGACUGGCGACCCUUCCACCGUUGCAUUCACUUGGAACAAAUUUGGGGCCAACUUUGAGUACAUGAGCGUCUCCGAGAAGCCGCAGAUGAAGAAUGACUGGUUCGGGCCGAGCUACCGCUUCUGGACGGCGACGAUGAAGAAGUACAGCUUUGAUUUUAUUACCGGAAGGCCGUGGGCAGCU